AUGCGCGCGGCAAAGAGGUUUCUCGCAGACAUGAUGAACACGCCAAUUCGUAACAAGACGAUACAAGGAACGAUUACCACGUUGGUCGCUGGAAUAGCAGCCACGGUGGCCUACAUUCUACGCGUUGUUGCACGUCUUCCCUGGUUUGGAGGAAAUUGGGGGUUGGACGAUUGGGUGAUGACUGUCGCUAUCAUACUCGUCGUCCCACUUUCCGUAUGCGCAUACAUUCUGAACCAAAUCGGCUUGGGACAGGAUAUGUGGUAUGUGUCUUUUGACAACAUUACAAAGAUCCUCGAGAUCUUUUACUACACUGAACUGCUAUACCUAGUGUCGGUGGCAUUGACGAAGAUAGCUAUCCUCCUUUUCUACCUCCGCAUAUUUCCUCAACAGGGUAUUCGACGCGUCAUCUAUGUCACAAUAGUCGUUUGUAUCAUGUACAUCAUCGCUUUCGGCACAGCGACCGCGCUGCAAUGUCUCCCAAUCCGCAUCGCCUGGGAACACUGGGACGGCGAGCACCACGGAAAAUGCAUCAACCUCAACGCCGACGCCUGGGCAUCGGCCGCAGUCAACAUCAUCCUCGAUCUGGUCGUCAUUACUAUACCCAUGCGGGAACUCAGCCAGCUCAAAAUGAGCCGCCGUCGUAAAUUCGGCAUCAUGCUCAUGUUCCUCGGCGGAGGCUUUGUAACCAUUGUCAGCAUUGUCCGACUAAAAUUUAUGAUUCAGUUCGCCCAAACGACCAAUGUCACCUGGGACUACCUGCCAAUCGGAUACUGGUCUGCGGUUGAAGCUCAAGUCGGUGCCAUCAUCGCCUGCCUACCCGCCAUCCGCCAACUGGAACGCUCGAUCCGCGAACGCAUCUGGCCGAAGCAGAAGAAGAACAACUACUACUACGAAGAGAACUCUGGAAACAGCAGCAAAAAGUCCAAACAAAGCAAUGGCAGCAAUGGCAGCAACAUCAAAUCCCGCAUCUGGCUACCAAAAACCGAUCGCUCUCAACUGAGCACCUUUAGGACGAGUCGAGCCGACAAGGAAGACUUUGUCCGGCUAGACGAGUAUGAGAUGGGCGUCACCAAGGGAGCGAAGGAAGGUAUCGUAGAGACUGGGAAUGGUAUUCCAACACGAAGUUCGUCGGACGGAUCGCUGGAUCGGUCGUUCAAGUCGAAUGAGGAUAUCCAACCGCUGGCGGCUGGGCCGUCGCCCGUUGUAGGGUCGCCGUUGGGGGGUAUCAUGGUGCAGAGCGAGUAUAGUGUUGACCGGGGGAGUCCGCAUCCGUCGGAAAUACAAGCCUUGCCGCCGUAUCAUCCCAAAGAGGGGACGUUGAUGGAUACGCGGAGGUGGCUUUGA